CAGGACUUUUUUUUUUUUUUUUUAGUGCAGCAGUGCGAUCAUAGCUCACUGCAGCCUUGAACUCCUGGCCUCAAGCAAUCCUCCUGAUUCAGCCACCCAACUGGUUAGAACGGUAGGCUCGACCCACCAUGCCUGGCUCCUGCAGGACUCUUGACCCCAACCCAGACUUUACCUUGAUGUGGGGAGCUGUCCCCACUCCCUCCCCUGACAGUGCAGGGCACUGUGUCAAGGAUUCUGGAGAGACCCUGGCUCAUUCCCACAGGAGACGGGGAAUAGGCCUAGGGAGGAGCCAAAUGCCAGCGUGGGGGUGCCGGAGGCUCCAGUGGCAGUGCUUGUAGGCAGGGAGGACGGUGAGCCCUCCACACAUACACAGCAUGGCCCCCAAGGGUGUGUACUUGGAUGGGUGUUGGGGGGUACUCUGGGGAGGGCUGCUCACUGGUGUCCUUCAUCCUGGGCAGGAGAGAGGCCCAGAGCACAGGCCCUGCAGGGAGCCAGGACGGAGAAGACUCCAGUGUACACCACUCCCCCACCAACCCCACCGUCCUUGAGGGCUCUGAGCAAUUAAUUCUCUGUGACUCCAGAUGUUCAGCAGCUGUCUUGGCCAUUUCCGCCCCUUCUCCUGACCCUGCAUCCUCCAGGAAGCAUCCCCUCCUGUCCUUGGGCUCCAAGCCACCCCCACCUUCCCUGCACCCCAUUUCCUGAGCAGAGGCGUUUGUGCAGACUCAGCUCCCGCACCCACCAGGGUAGCUUCAGUUUUGCCAAGGCCUGGGCACUGCUGAGUCCAGGGCUGCUGGGGUCGGCUCACUCCCUGAUGGAUGCCCUCUGCCAGGGGCUCUGAUCCUGGUUCCUGCCCCUCCGGGCUCUGGGACUGGUUUUCUCUCUCUCCUCUCCUUCCUUCUCCAAGGUUGGCUCUGCAGGCUCCACUGGCAUAAAUCAAGGGCCUCCAGGGAGGGUUCAGUGCAGGAGGGUUAGCAGAACUGGCCAGGGGGAGAGCCCUGCCCCAGUGCAGGAGGGUGGGAACCAAGGCGUGGAGGGCUCAGAGACUGGCAGGCCCUGUGGGGUUGGGGUGCACGCUCAGAUGUCGGCCUGGAGGGCACCACGGUGCAGGCAGGGAUUGCCUCCACAAACAGAUCAGCAGGGACACAGCACCCCCCUCCACCUUGUGGACACUUCCCUGAGCUGAUGGCAGUGGAGGCACAAGAGGUCAUGGCUGCUGCAGCUGGUCCAGUCUGGGGGCUCUUCUGGAGAGGGGACAGCUCCCUUCCUGUCACAUGCUUUCCUGUCUCAACAGAGCUGGGGGUUCUGGGGCACUUGGACUCCCGUGGGCUGGUGGGGUCAGGGGCUGGGCCAGACACAGGAUGAGGCAUGGAACCCCUGGGGGCCAGUGGCUCCAGCCCGCUGACCUCUGCCCCUCAGAAUCCGGUCCCAGGCUCUCCCCUCCUCCUCUCAAGAACUUCCUGCUCUGUGUGUGUGUGUGGGUGGGUUGUUGUGGGGGAAGCUAAGGGCAGGUGGGCCUGGCUAAAGAAAAGCCUCCAUUUCCAAAUCAGUCCCAGAGCAGAUCAAGCUGGGAGACUGCCCCCAGGAGGACGAGACUCCUCCAAGCAGGAUCUGCUCAGGGGAAUCAAAAUAAAGUUUAGCGCAUCCAACAUCCUGCGUGGACAGUCCUCCAGGACUCCUGCCGCUGCCAGGAUCUGAACUGAGGCGGCAGGCACCACCCCAUGUCAGAUCCUCGGCUCUGUUGCUGGGUUCACUCCUGUGGUCUCACACAAAAUGGGCCGGGAGCCUUUGGGCCCACAGCCCCAACCUGCCUAGAGUAAGCAGCCGCUGAGUUUAUGAAAGAGGCUCCUGGGAAAGGAAUCAUCUCCCACCCUCUGCAGAAGUUUCCACCCCCACCCCUAUCCACACCAGGCUCCUUUCCCCACAGGGUCGGGGUGGACACUUGAGCAGGAGCAGAACCACCAAUCCCCAGGGGAAGCCUUACCCAUCCCUUGGCCCCACAGGCAGUACACUGUGGGUUUUCUCCUGGGGCAGGGCUCCUGUUGCUGCCCAGGAUCCAGUGGAAAGGAUGGUGUGACAAAUGCACCAGUGGACCCUGAGACACCCUCUUUGUCCUCAGGCCUUGACCAAUGAGCACAGUAGCCAAUCUGAGAUCAAAGCUGGAUAACCAGGAAAAUCUGGAUCUCAACUGUGUGUGUGCCUGGGGGUAGGACUGCCAGAUUUAGCAAAACAAAAACAAAUUUAAAAACAGGGUAUAUCUAGACCGGGCGCGGUGGCUCAUGCCUGUAAUCCCAGCACUUUGGGAGGCCAAGGCGGGUGAUCCGCCUGAGGUCAGGAGUUAGAGGUCAGCCUGACCAACAUGGUGAAACCCCGUCUCUACUAAAAGUACAAAAAGUUAGCCAGCCGGGCACGGUGGUGGGCGCCUGUAAUCCCAGCUACUUGGGAGGCUGAGGCAGGAGAAUUGCUUGAACACCCGAGAGGCAGAGGUUGCAGUGAGCUGAGAUUGCACCAUUGCACUCUAGCCUGGGUGACAAGAGUGAGACUCUGUCUCAAAAACAAACAAACAAACAAACAACCACCAAAAAAACCAGGAUAUCCAGUUAAAUUUGAAUUUCAGAUAAACAAUUUUAAAAUGUCUCAAGCAGUAGUUGGAACAUACUUAUACCCAAAAAGUAUUUGUUUAUUUGUAAUUCCAAUUUAACUGGCAUAUUAUUCUGUAUUUUAUCUGGCAACCUAGAAUGGGGGUAAUAGUCAGCCCCCCAAAUUGCUCCCUUUGUUAAUUGGUCCCUGUCUUCUGUCCCCCAACCCCUAAAGGCAGCAGCUGACUCCCCAACUAGGGGUGGGGCCUGUUUGGGUCAGGUAGUGCCUCUAACCCAGACACUGAGCAGGAGAGCAGAGAGGGGGUGCUUCAGCUUGAAACUACCCUUUCCCCAGAAGGCUGGGGUCUCAGGCAAGCCUGACACCUGGGCUCAGAGGCGCUGGCUGGAUUUGCCAAACUCCCUGAUUGCAGCAUCUCUGUUUCUGGUCUGGGGAGCUGUUGAGUUCCCGGAGCUGCCCCUUUCCCUGGGGCUCCCCCUGGCGGGCGGCCUCCGACCCUGCCCUCAGGUGGGCUGGCCCUUUCCAGGGCAGGAGAAAAAGGGGAACCCACCAUACCUCUCCAGAAAAGAGGGAGGUGCAGCCUGGGAGUGGGGGCUCAACCCGGGAGUGAGAAAGAGGAACCCCAGCCAGGCAGGAUCCGCCCGAGAAGAUCGCUGCUGUUGCUGGCAGCCAGUGAAAAGAGGAUCCAGAAAAGGUGAGGGCUUGUUUCUGGUUAGCACAGAAGAAGGAAGGUGUGGAGGGGAGGGGCCGGGCCGAGAGCAAAUACUGCCUUUUUGGUGCAGCGGCAGCCCUGUCUCUGACCCCAGCAGUCCUGGGGAGAUGAGGUUGAAACCAGCAGACCCUGACGGGAUGGGGGCAGGACCCACAGCAAGCCUGGUACAGGCGGAGGAGGCCUUGCUGUCCCUUUUUGGCCUGUGGGGUUGUCCAUCUUAAAUUUAAGGAAGAGGGAGGCGGGGUACAGGGACUCACACCUGUAAUCCCAACACUGUGGGAGGUGGAGGUGGGAGGAUCGCUUGAGCCCAGGAGUUCAAGAUCAGCCUGGGCAGCAUUGCGAGACCCCAUCUCAAUUUAAUAAAUACAUAAGGAAGAAAGAGGGAGACAGUAGCUGCUCAAAUCAUGGGUGGGAAAGCUGGGCCUGGGAGCGUUUGGCUGGUGGGGUCUUGGCGAACACGGGUGACGGGCAGAACCUUGGGUUCAUCAUCUCUGGGAACGCUUUGUGCACCCAUCACCUAGCAACAGGAUGCAGCCUUCCCUCGGCCCUGGAAGGCCAGGUCACAAAGGCCAUCAGGGCCUGUCCGGGAGCCGGUAUCCCCUAAGACUGCCCUGUGCCUCUCGCAGCGAUCCCGGCCUAGCGGCUGGGCGUUGGGGCCACCGCUCAUGUGCGUCAUCUGCUUCGUGAAGGCGCUGGUGCACGUGUUCAAGAUCUACCUGACCGCCAGCUACACCUACACAUUCCGUGGCUGGCCCGUGGCCUUCCGCUGGGAUGACGUGCGCGCCGUGGGCGGGAGCAGCAGCCACCGGGCGUUGACCUGCGCGGCAGCUGCGGCGGGCGUGUGGCUGCUGCGGGAAGAGGCGCUGGGCGGGGAUGCGCUGGGGCGGCCUCCACGUGGGGCGCGCAGCCAGGCGCAGUGCCUCUUGCAGCAGCUCCGCGAGCUGCCCGGCCAGCUCGCUAGCUACACGCUGGCCCACUCGCUGGGCCGCUGGCUCGUGUACCCCGGCUCCGUGUCCCUGAUGACGCGCGCGCUGCUGCCGCUGCUGCAGCAGGGCCAAGAGCGCCUCGUGGAGCGCUACCACGGCCGGCGCGCCAAGCUGGUGGCCUGUGACGGCAACGAGAUCGACACCAUGUUCAUGGACCGCCGCCAGCACCCGGGCAGCCACGGGCACGGGCUGCGCCUCGUCAUCUGCUGCGAAGGCAACGCGGGCUUCUAUGAGAUGGGCUGUGUGUCUGCACCACUCGAGGCCGGCUACUCCGUGCUGGGCUGGAACCACCCCGGCUUCGGCGGCAGCACUGGCGUGCCCUUCCCUCAGCACGACGCCAACGCCAUGGACGUGGUGGUCAAGUACGCACUGCACCGCCUGCACUUCUCGCCCGCGCACCUGGUGGUCUACGGCUGGUCUGUUGGCGGCUUCACGGCCACCUGGGCCACCAUGACCUACCCGGAGCUGGGUGCACUGGUGCUGGACGCCACCUUCGACGACCUCGUGCCGCUGGCGCUGAAGGUCAUGCCCCACAGUUGGAAGGGGCUGGUGGUGCGCACCGUGCGCGAGCACUUCAACCUCAACGUGGCCGAGCAGCUGUGCUGCUACCCGGGGCCGGUGCUGCUGCUCCGACGCAUGCAGGACGACGUGGUCAGCACCUCGGGCCGCCUGCGCCCCCUGUCACCCGGCGACGUGGAGGGCAACCGGGGCAAUGAGCUGCUGCUGCGCCUGCUGGAGCACCGCUACCCCGUCGUGAUGGCGCGAGAGGGCCGCGCCGUCGUCACCCGCUGGCUGCGCGCUGGCAGCUUGGCGCAGGAGGCCGCCUUCUAUGCACGCUACCGCGUGGACGAAGACUGGUGUCUGGCGUUGCUGCGCUCCUACCGUGCACGCUGCGAAGAGGAGCUGGAGGGCGAGGAGGCCCUGGGGCCACACGGACCCGCCUUCCCAUGGCUGGUGGGCCAGGGCCUGAGCUCACGGCGGCGCCGGCGGCUCGCACUGUUCCUGGCUCGGAAGCACCUCAAGAACGUGGAGGCGACUCACUUCAGCCCUCUGAAGCCUGAGGAGUUUCAGCUGCCCUGGGGGCUGUAACCUAUACGCCCCAGUGGGGGAUCACGCACUUGAACACCUUCCUGGCCUUCUUGGUUCACCUCCCCAUACCCCCAACCACUGCGGGGGGCCGGCGCCGACGGCGUGGGGGGGGCGCGGGGUACUCCUGAUCUGCUGUCUGGGGGAGGGUAGGCAGAACACGGGGACUUGGUGCUCUUCUUCCUUCACAGGGGCGUUCUGACCAUCCUCCCAUUCUUCCUUACUCCGUCCCCUCCUUUCUCUCUUCCUCCUAGAAAUACUUUUGGCUGCCCCCACCCAGCUCCUAAGGGAAUGAAAGGUUAACCUGACCCGGUUUAUGGCAAUACUGUGUGAUGGGUGCCUCGAUUACCACAAAAGGAUGAUGGGAACGGGGCUGUGGGGUCCCAGAGAGGAGCCCUUCACCUGGCCUGGGUUACAGGAUGGCUCCUGGGAACACGAUGCCAGCUGUGCGCUGAAAGUCUGUGCAAGCUGCUCCCGUGAAAAGGAGGACAUUGGCAUGGCAGGGCUGUGGGCAGGUCUUAGUGGCUGGGCAUUCCCAGGAGUUCACACUGGCUAUUAUUCUGUAGGGCUCCCUCCCACCUCCAAACUCCUGGCUUCACAGACAGAUUGCAGACUCACAUGGUGGCAUGUGAGGCUACAGAUACACUUGCACAGGCCAGAGGACACUACUGCGUGUCCCCUGGAGCCGGGCCUGGGCUGGACUUUGUUCCUGGCUUAGGGAUGCAACACAGUAUGAGACAAGGCCUCUGCUCACAAUGGUCUGUAAUGUCACAUCUCUGUGGUCUGCCCUGAACUGCCUAAAGCAGGGACUAUUGUCCCUACAUGUCCCUAGUCCCUGGGCUGGCCUGGUUGGGUUGAGCAAGAAUCUCUGGAAAGAAUGAAAGGCAGCAAAUGGAGAAAACACUACUGAGAGCA